AUCAGUUUUAAAAAUGUGGAUAGACCUAUUACGAACGUAAUGCUUAUUAAUGGUUUGGUUGUAUUUUCGUUUUCGUUAAAUGUUUGAAAAACAAACUCCACGGUAAUUGGUGCGUUACUACACCAGGACAAUUAUUGUAUCUUUUUUAAUACAUAAGUAUUAUUAAUGAAAAACUUAUCGAACUUGACAACGAAAGUUACUAACUAAUUCCACUGUGAACUGAAACGAGUAGUGAAAAGUUCCACUGCCUACAACCUUGCAUUCAUUCUUUUAAUUUAUGAUUUUUAAUAACGUCGCUAGAAUUUAGUUGCAAACAAACAAAGGUGAUUGAACAGACUUGUUAAAUACUGGAAAUAAUUAACAUCAUUAUAGAUAAUACUGACAUUGUGAAUAUCCGGUCGAUUAGCCUGGAACACAUAGCUAGGUAAAAGAAAAAUUGAAACAAAAGAACGGCAACAGCUGCCACCAUCAUACAAUCACUAGGUGGAGCAGAACGGAUAUACAGGUAUAGACAUUUACCAACAGCCCGGGUAAUUCAUACUACUAUUGUGUUCGUAUACGAUGCUCUGUUUAUAUUGCACUGCAUCGCUUUUGUUACUGCUUUUCAACUGGUUCAUUGAAAGGAAUUACGACGAAUCUUGAAGAUUAAUCGAUUUGAGGAAUGAAUAUUGAUCAUCAUUCACUCAACACGUUCUUACCAUCUCAAUAUUCAUGCCUAUAAAAUUUGAAUAAACAGUUUAUUGCAGGAUUUUGGUGUAUGGUGUUUAGAGAAUAUUAAGGAAUGAAAUAGGCCUAGAUCAAUACUAGUUAUGCCUCGAUUCAGGAUUUGGAAGAGCAACCUACGUUUAAGGUAACAAGAUAUGGCUAUAUUAUUGUGCUUACUCGUUUGCCUGUCAUCAACGUAACAAAGCAUUCGUUAAGAAAUUAUAUUAAGUGCUACUGUUGCCAUGGCAAUGAAGAAUUGAUAUAAAAAUAUUGUACAAAAGCAUCUGAAAUAUUCACAAAUGCAUGUCGGCUUAUAAAAAAAUGUUCGCAGAAAACAUAUUUGCAAGGCAUAUGCAUAUAACAUUGAACAUAAUGCUGUUUAGUCAAGAUAGGAACACAAUAGGACGUACGGUACUAUUGUAAAUAACCUACAUGCAGUCGGUCAACAGUAUCUUACCAGGAUUAUUGUUAACUAUUAGUUAGCAAUCAAUGAUGUCGUUCUUAAUAAUAUGAUAGAGCAAAUUAAGAGAGACGCAUCGUAGUGGCUGCUAUUUAAACAACAUGUUUAUAUUGACUUGAUAGGCAUAUGCACUGCUCUCACGCUCAUAAAGAUGUCAUACUGACUCGGACUCGAUUCGUUGCUGCAAAUUUUCCUAAUAGAUUAUCAUGAAACGGUCACGAUAAAGGAAAUGAACUGGACGGAAAAUAGAUGAAAACACCGUCUUAUAUAUCACUGAUACUCUGUUCUGGAUGUUUACGUAUAAUAUCAGUAGCUCUGCUGCAAUAUAACUAUCGGAUAUUUCCUACAGUAGGCAUUUAAGAAAUAGACGUAGUCAUUUCAUUGCCAUUGGAUCAUUCAACAGCGUUUGUAAGACACUGUCAUAAACAGACUUUCAGUCUUGUAUGUGCUGCUGUGAUGAUGUUAAGCCGAACAGAGCUCACGAUAAUCGUCGAUGUUGGUGCAUGUCGUCUUAAUUCAAAUUCAGUAAAUAAUCUUUGACGCAUAAAUAGAAAUAUUGAUAUUUCAUGCUGUGAUGGCCUACUAACCAAGGUGAAUUGCAAAGUGAAUUUUGAAUAUAUCAAUGCAAGGAAAUAUCUCAGGGAAUGCGAACAACUUUUGUAGACCAGGGAUUUCGCUCUUGUAAAUCGCAAUCGCAAUGCAUCAGUAGGCCUAUAUAGACAAAUAGAAAAAUUAAAAAUAAAUAUUCAUCAAUUUUAUUCAAAUACAGGUACAUUUGAAAGGGUACCGUAGGCCACGAUGUGACUGAAAUGUGUCACAAUAUUUCCCCGUAUUGACGAAGAUGAUUAGGCCUACAACCAUGAUUAUGCUUUGUUCUAACAAAAGAUGACCGAUAUUAAAAAUAAUGUGCAUACAGUUUCCUGUCAGAAAAGUUUUCAAUACGGAAGGUCGCAUUCGAUCAGUAAAUUCAUAGAAGACAGGAAUCGUCGAUGGAAAGGUCUGUAGCAGCUCCUACAUACUCGAAUUUAAUUCCAGAGAAUUGUCCCCAGACAGUGACGCAAGUAGAGGUAGAGUCAAAGCGAAAUGCACAAUGGCUCGAACAGUCGCCAGGAAAGUUACAUAACAAACACGACGGCCAAUUAAAACCGUUAGCAAUUAAAGAUCAAAUUAUUAUGAAAUAUGCGCGAAUAUAUCACGCAGAGCAAAACAUUAAUGAGUUAUUAGAGAAAAGACGUGGACACACCACUGUAAAUCACCAUCUGUUCAAUCCAUCUCAAUAUAAACCCACCAAAUUCUAUUCCAGUAUGAACUAUGAUAUGUCCGUUCCUUGCAAAUAUCUUGGUGGAAAACCAGUUCCAUCAAAAGGCGAGAUAAAUAUCGAGGUCUGCGUGAAACCAACAUGUACAAGUAUUGAUCACACUAUUCAUAAACAAUGCCGAACAGUAACACGUGCAUACCGAUCGGAACUUGUUGUUCAAUUAGGUACAACAAAGGGGAAAUUAUAUCAAUCGAAUACACAUAGGCCUAAUCGUGACGUCAUCAAAUUGCAAAAGAACGACGUUGCUGAACAGAAAACUUUAGGAAUUACAAGUCUACGGGUCGAGCACGACACACAUAUCCCGAUUGACAUCGUUAUUGCGAAUGAUUCAGACAAAAGCAUAGCGCCAAAUAUGGAGAUGGGGCGUGAUUCCAACGAUUGUCCAUCCAGGGUAAAUGAAUACCAGUCCGAAGAUAACUCAGUUCUAUGGGGAGCUAACCACUUAUUGACAACUGCCCAACCACAAGAAUUAGAAAACAUAACUAAAGUGAUGAGUAAAUCUCUUACAGACGGGUCAAAAAUAGGGCUUAGAUCAGAUAUUAUGGUAAUUAAUCAUGAUCAAGCAAUUCAUUUAUUAAAAAAUGAGAAAUCAAGUCAUUUGUGUUUGAACAUGAAUAGUCAGACUUUAAAACAUACCAAAGACACAUUCAAACCAAAUGAAUGCGUAAACACAUUGACCAAGCUUGAUGAGUAUACUACAUCACGUAGUAAUGGCGUAAUAGGAUUGAAUUCAGAAACCACAAAUGAUAGUAAUGAUAAUUACGAUUUGAGAAAAGUUAAAUCAAACGAUGGCUUAGCCAUGGGAUUUUUGUCUGAAUCUGUGUUAUACAAAUGUACGAACGAUAGCAAGCCUAAAAUAGCGAGGAACGUCUUAUAUGAUACCGAUGUGAAACGCGAUAGACCCAAUAAGGCAUGUGAUACGCCUACCACGUUUGACAACAAAUAUAGAAACAAUGAACCAGAUUUAACUGAUUAUGUACGAGUUACCACCAAAGAUUAUAAUAGUAGAACCGAUGAUGAACCGGGUGCACGAGUUCCAGCCGAUGAUAAACGAGUUGUAUCCUAUGAUUUUCUAGGUAAAAUUGAUAAUGAUCCAGGUAGAUGCCAUGGUGAUUGUAGUGAUACCGAUGAUGAAAGAAGUUCAAUUGAUAAUGUACGAGUAGCAACGGAUUAUGAACAAAUUGCAGCUGAAGAUGAAAAAGAAACACCCAAUUUUAAGGGUGAAAUGGCAAGCAAGGGGUUAAACUGUUUAAAUUGUAUGCCAAGUUUAGGAUACAAUGAAAAUCUUAGUUCAUCUAAAAUUGGCAUCAAUCUACAUGGUGAUCAGCGACGGGUUUGGAACGCGGUUCAUUCAAAAAUGGUAUUUAAUACAGAUAAAGAUGAGUGUUCAAACGAAUGUCAGCAAAUUCAUGAUUCAGGACUACUUGAACACACUUCGGCCGUGGUUUGUGCUCAAGGACUAAGGAAUUUUCUAGAAGAUGCAAACUUGUCUGAAACGAUAGUAUACAUAGAAAAUGAAAAUGACGUUAUGGAAUCAAUUAGUGAAAUGUCAAAUUCAUAUUUACCUGCGAUUGGACAUUCGGAAUUGCAAAUAAAAACCAAUUUACUAACGAGUUACGAAGUACUUAAAAGUGAUAAUGAUGUUACAUAUGAACACGGGGAGGAAAUCAUAAUAGAGAAGAGUAAUAUGGCUAUACAGCAACCUGGUUCUCAGAUACCAAUUAUGAGUUCGCCACUAUUUACGGAUAUGUUGAACAGUAAUCAGUUAACUCAAUCUAUUGCUGAUGCUCAAAAUAUGGAUCACAUAGUAGAGGAAAAACAAAUCGAUGAGGAAAAAGUUUCGCCUGUAGAUGGCGCGCGCGAUGGGUCACUGUCUCGUACGACCACUAAAUUAGAGUGUGAGGAAACAUUAUGCAAACAGAAGGGUUUUACUCACAAUGACCCUUUGGCUGAAGAGGGCUCCUCUAUAGACUCAGACAUGCACGGUAGCGUUUGCUCUAAAAAAUGCACCAGUGACAGUGGCUACUCGAUUACAGUACACUCACAUGAAUCUAGGAGAAACUAUUCAACUGAUACAGAAUUUGAAAGCAUACGAGAAGACGCGAAUACAGAUAACACAGAAGAUUCAAAUGGUUCAUCGGAAUCGGAGUACGAAACGGCUUCGUCAAAUUUUAAGUACAGUGACGUAUCAGAUUUUGAAAAUGAUGUAGAUGAAGACCCGAAAAUGCCCCUUCCAGUUGUGACCAUUAAUGUGGAGAUGGCCACACCACCAGAGUUCGCAUUUCGUCCACAAAGUCGUGUGGUAGAACGAGGUAGCACCGCUAAAUUCAUCUGUGUACUAAAAGGUUGUCCUAAACCGGAAGUUACGUGGUUUAACCAUGGGAUUAUAUUACGAGACUCUAAGAAACACAGAAGUUAUGAAGGCAUUGAAAAUAUGUUUGUACUCGAAGUUACAGACGUUGAUCCAUCGGAUGCUGGGGAAUACGUAUGUACAGCAUCUAAUUCAGAAGGCCGGAUUUACGCAUCUGCCGAACUCUCUAUCGAAGAACUGACAUUACCUAUCGAACAGCAACAGGAGCCAUAUUUCAUGAAUCGAUUAGAGGACCUCACCGCUUUUCCGGGCACAGAUAUUCAGUUUUGUUGCCAGGUUGGAGGAAACUCGGCUCCACAAAUAUUAUGGUUUCAUAAUGGAAUCGGACUUAAAAGGUGCGAGCGAUUUUCCUUCAGUCGUUCGGAUGAUGGACGGUGCACGCUACGUAUUACUAGUAUCAAAGCCGAUGAUGAAGGGGAGGUAGCUUGUGUUGCUAGCAAUGUACUCGGAAGAGCAACAUGCUGUGCAUACCUGAAUGUUAAAGAGUAUAGCAAAUUCACACAUGAGGAACAUACUGAUGGAAACAGCAAUUCUGUUGAACAGAAUGUUGAAAGUUUGCAUCAUACAACUCCAUAUGUUCCAAAUAUAGUUGCAAUAGAAGGCACCAGUACGAAAUUCAAAUGCUCAGUAAUUGGCAAUCCAAAACCAAGUGUCACAUGGCACAAAGAUGGUCAUGCCAUUGACCAAACAAUGCAUGCAGCCUCGCACUACCACAUAUUAGAAGAGGGGUAUACACAUACAUUGGAGAUACCCAAAACACAAGACUCUGAUGCUGGCCAUUAUUAUUGUACUGUUAGCAACAAGACAGGUGCUGUAGUGUGCUCAUGUUUUCUUUUAGUUAAUGAUCGUAAGGAUAACAACUGUGUGGUAAGUUCUGUAAUAUCUCCAAUGACAAUUUCAUCAAAAGUUACAACUGUUACUAGACCUAUUGACGAAGCAGGAAAGAAAAUGGUUGAGCCAAGAGUGACUAUAAAUAAUGCGUAUCAAAAUAUUAAAGGUAGUGACCAAGAUUUAGUAUCAUCUGAAAAACAACAGAAAAGUAUUUUGACAUUGGAGUUGGAAAGAAAUACCAAAAUCGAUGAUUGCUGCACUGCAAAUGAAGUUGAAAUGAUUAGUAACAAUGGUGCAAUAUUAAAAGACCAGUCUCAAAAUGAAGAUGUCUGUCACGUCAAACUAAGUGAUAGUGUGACACUUCAAUGCAUAACUCCAGGAAUGAAUAUCAAUAUUGGUAGAAACAUUAAUCCGGAUAAAACAAGCAACGAUAAUUGUACACAAUAUCGUGUUGAUGAUUCUUUCAUUCAACCCUUUAUGGGCGAGGUUAAUUUUACACCAAUCAACUUAGCGACACAUUUGCAAUCAGAUUAUGUAUACCAAAGGUCCUAUGACGGUGACAAUAGCUGUGCUACAGAUGACUCAACUGACAGUACGGAUCAACUUCUUUAUUCUUUACAGAUGGCACAGAAUUCUGUGGAAGUGGAUUCAGAUGACGAUCUUUUACAUGUUGUAGGUUAUCAAAACUCAACAAGAAAUCGGUUGUUUAAUAAUACAUCGGACCCGGAUUUGGAUAUGGAAAGAGCCAUUAGACUGUCUGAAAAAGUUGAUACUUGUAUGGACAUUGUCAACACUGUCCUAAACCUUGCGUCAUUAGAUAACGAGGGAGAGAAAGAGCUCAGAAUGCGUUUGGAAGAGUUAAGAUCAGGUCUCUCAAGUUCAGGAUCCUCUACAACAGAUGAUCAGGAAUCUUCUGUAAAUAGUCUAACAUCAAGAUCAAAUUGUAAUACAUCACUUUCCAUAGACGAACACCUAUUAUCAGUUGAUUCUAAAGACAUUGAGCCGAUAAAUCCACAAGAUGUAUCUUUAGAAUCUGAAAUAUCAGACAUUGAAAGUCUUAAUCGAUCAUCAUCAUGUCUAAACAUGGAGUAUGUUUCAAGUCCAUUAAAAAAUCAAAGAAUGCAGGGUUACAAGCAAGAUCCAAGUUUUCCUGAAAUGGCUGCUCAUCUGUUAAAUAUUCACAACCCAUAUGAAAUGAUCAGGAAGGUUGAAGCUGAAAACAAGGACACAUCAAUAGAAAUGAUGGCUGAUGUUCUGUCAAGCCAAAUUGUAAUAGAAGGACUUUCUAAUUAUUCGAAAUGUAAAAAAAAUAUUUCUAACAUUCCUACCAAGAAAGCAAUUGGAUGCAAAGCUGGUACAACAAAUAUAAAAACAGCCAGCAAUACAAAUUAUUUGAAAGCCAUAGGGUCUUUUGCAGAUAAAGUUGUAGCAGAAAUUUUGAUCGAUGCGGCUCUUCGAAUAAAAGAUAUAACACAAUCCAGACACAGCUAUCACACUAAAGAAAAAAUGAAGGGUUUGAAUCUUCCCUAUGAUCAUGCGAAUAAUCUACCUCAACAACUUCUAAAUGAAUUAAUCAAAGAAGCUUCUGAGAAGACGUCUCAGAAAAACAAGUUGGACCAGGAGAUUUUCAAUGAUUUACUACAUGAAAUUAUGCUUCAAGCAGUUGUUUCUGAAAUUUUGAAGACCCGCACUCCAACAUUAAUACAUUGGAACCAACAAAUUUGUAAAGAAAACACUUUACAAAAUAAUGAGCAUGAAGAAACUGGCAAAAACAAUGAUGCAAUAUUAAAAAAGUUAAAUUCAGAUUUUCAAAUGCCUUUACAUUUAGUAGAUGUUUCAGCACCUAUACCUACUUCCAGGCAAUGUGAUAGAUAUUCUAUCUCAAUUGAGAAAGGAUCCGUUAGUGAUUUACGAAAAAAUGAAAAAGAAAAGGAAAUAUUAUCUAUAAAUAUUGAAAGUCUAGACAACCCUGAAAAAAUGUCUACAUGCAUUACAGCACCUGAACCAAAACUUAUGGUCCCAAACUUUACUCAAGGUUUGGAAAUGGAAGAACCAAUAUCUGCUAAUUUAAGAAAAGUUAAGGCUCGAAAUAUUCUCUCUGGUUUUCUUGGCAAUGCAAUGCUUCUUGAGCAACAAAAACUGAAACCAACAGUUAAACUUUCUAGAAGUCAGUCUGAUCGAACGCAAAGACCAAUAUUACAAUUACAUGGUAACCUGAAAACCGAAUUAAAAGAACCAAAGGGGCUACUGAAAAGAAGCUUUUCAGAAAGAAGGGGACAAGGUAUAAAAUUCCAACAAGAAAACGAAAAAGAGGUGAAAGCAAGUGAGAGUAAAACCACUUCUCCGGUAAAAUCAGAACAAGUUAUUCUGCCUCAAGAAAACAAUGUAGGCAACUCAGAAACACUUAAAAGAAGUUCCGCGGCCCAAGAACUACCAUUGGCUGUAACAAUACAAGAACCAAAUACGAUGAAAACAGAAGAUCAACAAUUAAAUUUGGUGUCUACUGAAGAACCCAAACACAAUAAUUUAGAAAGAAAAAAGAGCGAAGAAUCUGAUGAUCAGAAGGUACCACAGAAAAGCUCAAUUUCAAGGAGCAUGUCUGCAAGAAUCCCAGUCAGACGGAAGUCACAUUCAUUUAUAAGAAAAGAUCCACGCUAUUUAAGUUGGCAGGCCAACAAUUUACCAUUUCAAAAAGAAGAUACUAGUUCAAAUCGAUGUAGGUCAGUUCCGAAUCGUACUCAAAGCUUGUUCUUGCCAAGAAGUCAAUUUCAACAAGAUCAGAUUGUUAAAGAGAAAAAUAAUAAACAAAAUGUGAUCCACGAAAUUGCUACUGAACAAACGAAAGAUAAAUAUAUUGAGGAAUUUUGCAUAACUAAUGAUGUAUCAGUUUUAUUUAUGGAAGAGAACAAAGACAGAGACAAUAAAAAUAUGAAAGAACUAACAAUACACAACAAAGAUAUUAUAAAUGAACAUGUAACAAUACAAAAUGGCCAAAAACAUAAUGAUUAUGUAAAAGACGACAAACGAGAAAAACCCGAGGUUUUGAAAGAUGAAUUUUCGGUAACAAAAAGGCCAAUAAGGGCCAAUAGAUCUGACAGACCAAUUUCUUCUCUUAUAAAUAUGUUUGAGACAACAAUAAAGUCCAGUCCUAGAAGUUCAAAGGUACAAGAAUUUGGGUUGACAUUCAAACUUGACGAGAAAGCCAAGAAGGCAAGAUCGGUAAACAGAAGUCAGUCUAUGCUGUGCAGAAAGAAAGAAAAUAUUGUUAAUGUGAAAAUGGAUAACAGACUAAGCAUGGACGGAAGUGUGCAUCUAAGUCAAUUGGACACAUUAAAUAUCUGCAAAGAUAUUAUUUACCAAGAAUCAGUGGAGAAACCAGAUAAGAAAUUGGUAGUAUACAAUGAAUUAGAACAUAGUUCAUCUGGUUUAACUGUACCACCAACAAAGUCUGUUAGUAAUAAUAAUGAGUUAAAUGUGGAUAAUGAUGUUAUACUAGCCACACCAGUACAACAAGAUGAUGACGAUGUGUUUAGCUUGCCGGUAACUAAUAAUUCAUCUUGUGAAGAAGAGCCUUUAUAUACUAAAAGUAGGAGUCUUUCAUCUAUUGAACUUCAACAACCUGAGUAUAAUUCAGAAUCAUCUGAUUUCGAAGGGGCUCCAACAUUCAGGCAAACUAUUUCACCAGUUACAGUUAAGGAUGGUGAUCCUGCAAGAUUAGAUGUCGGUGUUAUUGGCAAUCCAGAUCCAGAUAUCAAAUGGUUUAAAGAUGGUAAAGAGUUGACAGAGGAUCAGCAUUAUCAAUAUGUACUUGAUGAAAAUGACGUCUGGUCAUUGAUAUUAGCAGAAGCUACACCUUCUGAUUCUGGGGAAUACACGUGCCAAGCUCAGAACUGUCAUGGAUCUGUUUCCUGUACAGGUUACCUCAAAGUAGAAGAUGAUGUGGCAAACAUAACAGAGGCUGAGCUGUUAUUAGAACUAAGAGAAUCUUCUAUAAGUAACAAUCAAGAUAAUGAGACUGUUGCAAGACUUUUGAAGGAACACCAAGAAAACAAGACUAGGAAUGGUUCAGUGUCGACAUCAGGAGCUGAAGAUGAGAUGUUUUGCCAAUAUACUGUUUUGGACAACUACCAUAACGAUAGGUUGAGCGUACAGCAGGGCGACAAGGUGGAGAUAUUGGAAACACAGUCAAACGAAAUAUGGCUCAUUAAACAUGUCGAUUCAUCCAUGAUUGGCUAUAUUCCUGUCUCACUGCUAGAAAAACUUGACGAAGAAGACAGUGUGAAAGCUAAGAGGAACAGUGUUAAACUUGCCAUUAAAGAACUCUUCCCUGAUAUAGCUACCCCUACUGAAAAUAUGUAUGAAAAAAAACUUAAAAGAAAAAUGAGUGCAAAGGAAAGACUUCUGGCAAUGAGACAAAUAUCUGACCAAGAUGAUUCAAGAGAUACUUUUGACAUGUGUGUGGCAAUUGCAUCAUAUACUCCUGAUGAGGAUGAUAGUGAUCACAUUCCACUGGUUGAGGGCCAGUACGUGGAGAUUUUGGAUUCUGAUAGUGCAAUAGAAUGGCUUGUGCAGACAAAACCGACCAAGUUCAAUCAUCCCAAGCGUGGGUGGGUCCCUGCUAGUCACCUAAUGAAAGAUGGUUCCAACAUGGUACCUGGGCAAACAGAAUCGUUGAAUCGUAUGAUAUCACGAGUAAUCCUAGAUGAAGGAGAUGCAGAUCUAGUUGGAAGUAAAAAGCAAGAAGCCCUCAUCAAAAGAAGGUAUGUUCUGGAAGAAUUGUUACAAACUGAACGUACAUUUGUGAAGAAUAUGCUGUUUUGUAUUGAGAGCUACCUCCCACUGAUGGAUGAGCAGAAUGCCCCACCUGCUGUCAAAGGCAAGAAGGAUGUACUUUUUCUGAAUUUUGAGAAAAUUUGCGAAUUCCAUAAAAACAUCUUUGUGAAGGAGUUGGAAGAGUGUGGGAAUGAUGCAUACAGCGUGGGAAGAGCCUUCAUUAAAUGGCAAUGCAACUUUGAAUAUCAUGUACAGUACUGCAAGAACAAGCCAAAGUCCGAAAGCUGCCUGACACCUGUAGUGAAAGCCUGCUUUGAUGACUACCUUCGCAGCAAGGGGAUAAUAGAUAAGUUUAGCUUAUCAGAUUAUCUAAUUAAGCCAAUUCAACGAAUCACCAAAUAUCAACUUCUGUUGAAGGAAGUUGUGAAGUAUACAUCACGAGCAAAAGAGGAUUGUAUUGAAUUAGAGAUGGCAUUGAACGUGAUGAUGCAAGUACCAAAGAGGGCCAAUGAUUUAAUGCACAUUAGUCUGAUUGAAGGGUUCCAGGGUAAUAUAAAUGAUCUUGGAAAGCUGUAUCGUCAGGAGGACUUCACAGUGUGGACAGGAAAGCAGAAAGGGAGAGGAAAAGAACGGCAUGUGUUUCUAUUUAAGGAUCAAAUCAUGCUUACGAAAAUCAAAAAGGAUCCCCGCUCUGAAGGUUUUACGUAUGCUUACAAGAACCACAUGACAAUUCCUGGUAUCGGCAUGACAGAAGAAUCAAGGGAUGAGAGAUGUUUUGAACUAUGGUAUGGAAAAGCAUCAUCCUCGCUUAGCAUGACGUUACAGGCAAAAACUAAGUAUGUGAAAGAGGCAUGGGUGAAAGAAAUAAGAAGUCUUUUGGAACAAAAACAGAUGGAGAUGUUAGAAGCCAAAGCCAGUGUAGAGAGAAUCUAUGGAACAUUACAUCAAACUAGAAGUUGCUUACGAUCAGCAAGUUCAAUCUCAUCACUCAACUCCGAGCAAGGCACACUUAGCAAUUCCAGUUUAUUAAGUAAAUCAAGUGAAUCGUUAACAUUCAACGAGACACCGUCCCAACAGCUUACAUCUGAUUUAGGUGCUACCUUCUCAUUAUCGGUACCAGAUCGUCUCCAUGGUGACAGCUUUACAAGUAUUGACAGUGAUACUCCACCACAAAAUGAUUGUAAGGAACUUGAAGUUGGAGCUCUUUAUGAGAUGUCAGAUGACUUCAUUGCUGGUGGAUUGUGCGGGCUUGAGCUGAGUAAAGGCGAGAUUGUUAAGCUUGUAGAAACUGAAAAUAACAAUGUAUGCAUUGUGCAAUCUAUGCCUAGCCCAGGAUGUUGUAAUGGUGAGGAAGGCAGUGUACCACCUUACCUCUUACGCCGAAGAAAGUCAGUGGAAGAGCCUGUCAGUAUAGUAGAGAAGCCAGAAAAUCUUUCUGUAAAUGUAGGUGAUUAUGCCAAGUUCAUUUGCACGUUCAGUGGCAUGCCAACACCGACUGCUGAUUGGUACUUUAAGGGUCAUGUUCUUGAGAAUACAAAGCGCAUUCAUGCUGACAAUGGAUUGUGGGUAUCCUCUGUUACAAUAACGAAUGUGAAGGGAGAGGACAGUGGCAAAUACAGAUGUGUCAUAAGCAAUGCAAUCAGUACAAAGUCUUGCACAGCUAACCUGCAUGUGGCGUAUGUGUGGGAAAGUCAAUGCACCGAUGCCAUUGAAUGCCCAGAUGAUGUCCUUCAGGAAUUUGAUGACGACACUGUAACUUGGUUACCAGACAAUUCUCCAUCCAUAGCAACGGAUCAACUCUUAACCGGUCCUUUUGAAAUGGGCUAAAGAGUAAAAGAUAUUGAUAAGAAUGUAAAUAAAACUAAAUGGGUCUAAUACCAAUAUAGGAAAGAAAGACUGCUUAAUAUAUAAGCAUUCUAUUAAAGUCAAGCAAACAAUUUCUCUAAUUUUUAGCUUAAUUUUAAAAAUUCUAUGAGCUGCAAGAUAAAAUUAGAAGCAGCUGAUUUAGUGAAGUGGUUUGCUGCAAAUAUAUUUAAACCUAGAGAUGAGGCAAGGAGCGAUGCAUUGUGGGAAUUAGAAAAAUCAUCUUGAGCAUCCAAAGAUUGUGCAAUACACUAUGUUGGAACAUUCCAUAUGGAAGGCAGUGGAUAUUCAUUCUCAAAUUAUGUACAGGGGUACGCUGGUCCAGUUCAUCAGAUGAUAUGAUUAAUGUUAUAGAGUAUGUGUCCCAGAUUCGUCCAGCAAGUUCUAAGCAUCACAGUAUAUGCAUAGCCUAGGGAUCAUGUAUGAGGUGAGGAUAUUAUAAUUUUCUAUAAUAGCAGAAGUGGUAACUGAAGAGGUGGGUAGCUAGUUUGUAUGUGGUGAUGGAGUUGUUAUUUCUCCUUCAAGAGUUUGUUACUAUGGUUGUGGUGUUUGUGGAUGUUGAUAGGUGUAAUGAGGAAAGAAAACAAUUGUAUAAUGAGAUAGAAUGUAGGUAAGAAUUGCCCCGGAAAA